GCAGGCCUCAACAAAAAAAGAAGAUCUAGAAUGGAGCGGGUGAUUAUCCUACUAGCACUUAGCGCUACAUCUCUUGCAUGUAAAACAUGGCCGAAUGGUACGGACAAAGCAUUCCAUUGGUAUCAGUGCAAUUCUGGUCCCGUACAAUUUCUCAACGCUACGCCAUUCGAUGAAACAGGACAGCACUAUCAGUAUCCUGUACACCUCGGAAAGCCAAUGAUGGUAAAAUGCGCUCUUUACAAUCCAACACAUAACUACACAUCACCAAACCUCAAACUUUCGCUCAAUUUAUGGUCCUGGGGCACAGCAUUCGGAGGUUGUGAUUGGAGCGUGCUGCCCACCUUCGGAUUACUUAACAACUUGGACGCUUGUUCUCAAGGUGUUCCAUGUCCAAUCCUUACCGGUCAUCAGGAACUUGACGUUACGGUGGAUUUUAGUCCAUACCAAGCGAUUAUCGACAUAUUGAAAGAUGACACGCCAUAUCAGAUGAAGUACUUCAUGCACGAUUUGAUUACGGGAGAUGAUUUAUGCUUGAUGGCACAAUGCCGAUUGUUAUUGCAUUAAAUAAACGUGUACAGUGUAC